AUAAAUCACUAGCAAUGCACAGACGAUCUAAGAAUAUAAAUGCUCCCCUGGAAGUUAAAGAAAAUGAGAGUAGAUAUACUGAAGAGAAGGAAGGGGCCUCUUUCCCUCAUCUGUCAAAAGACCAGAAGGUUUCCAAAGUGACUAAAUCAAAAGUCAUAAAGGCAUCCAAGAAGGAGAAUUUAAGUGAUGGGAACCAUGUGCAGUUGCAAAAAUGCACCCUGAAAUGCACCAAAGGCCUCAAGAAGGAAUCAUACCACAGCAAGAAGGAUGUUGUUAGCUGUCAGUUUACUGAAUGCUUCUUUGAUGCGCUAAAAGGGGAUGUGGUUGGUGAACCUACCUUGCCUUUGAACAAUAAGGAAAAUUUUUCAAGAAGUAGACCUGUUUCUUUGGGGGAUGAAUGCUACUUGACACCUAGUAGGGACAAAGCAGAAGAAAAAUCUGAUUGUGGAAUAUUGGAGAAACAGAGGAAAAAACCUGUUGAUUUUGCAACUGUAACAAUUGCUGAAUUUGGGAUUACUCAAGAAAGCUUUACUAAACGAUCUAUAGGGAAGUCUCCGACUUCAUUAAAAUUCAGACGAAGAUCAACAGUUGGGGUACGGGGGUCACCAGAAAAUAAUGCCCUUAUUCGAUACCUUGCCCAACAGAGAAGCAACAGGCAAAAAGAAGCUUUUACACAGGUUAGUCCUUUUCAACAUGAAAAUGUCAGGUCGUUGAAGGACAAAAUAGAUGCCUUUCAAACAUCUUUUAAAUCAGUACAAGAAGCUGAAGGGGAGACUGGCUUCUCUGGACUGCCACAGGUGGAUGAUGCUUCCUGGGAAGCAGUCUGUUCUCAGAACAAAGUACCUUUUACAAAAGAGUGGAACGUGGAUCAGUGGAGUGAAAAGUUCAUGUCAGACAACAGUGGAGCUGAUUUGAAAGAAAAUUUAAGACAAAAUUUGACCAACAGCAGCAAGUCUGAUACCAAGAUAUGCACCAUCUUGUCUUCACACCAAGAUGUGACUAUCACAGAACCUGCUGCUGCUGUUUCAAAGGAAUGGGUUUAUGAGCAACACAAUCCUAUUGAGUCAUUGGAGGCUGUUGUAAUUAGAGAUAUCUUAGAAACAGGCCAUGAUUUCAGUUCUGACCACAUGACUGAAGACGUUAGAAGUAAUGUUAAAUCAGAUCUAAGCAGAAAGAAAGUUAUUUUUGUGGAAGAACAGAGCCUGGAAAUAUUUGAUGAAAGCAAGCCACCUAUCACGCCACUACAAACGGGAAAUAUUUCAUUAAAUGAACAUACGCAGAGUGGCUCCUGUUUGCGAUCUGUGUUGAAGAAAACGCUGAUGAAGCAACUAAUGGAUAGCGUGAAGGAAUACUCGCACGAUGCAGUUGACAGAGGAGGAGGUGAAUCUUUCGCAGUCUCCAGUUGUGCAGAAAUCUCUGAAGCAUUGCAAACAGAGAAAACUGAAACACAUAGCUCUGAAAAGCCAAAGAAGAAAAGAGUUACUUUUGGAGAAGUUCUAAGCCCAGAAAUAUUUGACGAAACUUUGCCUGCAAAUACUCCAUUGCGCAAAGGAGCAACGCCAGUCCGUCAUCCAGGAUUACAAAGUAAUAGCCCUUUUGCAAGGUUAAGUCUCAUUGAAGGGCCAUUAUCCCAGCCGAACUUUGAUUGCAGUGAUGAAUGUGUUGAGCCUCUUCAAGAGUUAAUGGAGGGUUCUGUUGCUGCAGAAGACGUCUUACCUGUUGAAAACACAGAAGCAGAAACUGACAAAUCUGUUAUGAUAAGAACUCGUUCUUCUACUAAAAGGAAGUGUAGCACAAUUUCAGAGGGGACUGCUUUUAGCGUCUCAAGAGCCACAAAUACUAAGAAUGCUAAAGGUACUAAAAAUCCAAGAAAGAACAAGUUUCAAAGACUAAAGAAUAUAACCACGUCUGCUGCCAAAAAGACACAAAAAAUAAAACAUACAAGCUAUGGGAAAAGAAGAAAGAAAAAAGUAAAAAAAUCUUUGUAUGGGGAAAGAGAGAUGGCUUCUAAGAAACCUCUUCUCAGCCCUAUCCCUGAAAUUCCAGAGGCUUUCUCUUCUCCCUCGUCUCCAAACUCACCAAAGGCAAAUGCGUUUUUUUCAGGGGACAUAUUUUUAGAUAAUACCAAAUCCAGGAAUGCUUGCAAGGAUGUUCAACAGAAGCUAGUGGUUGAAAGAAUGAGAGGGAAAAACAUCCGUGCAGUUCAUAUGUAUUCAAGCUCUAAGGACCUGGACGUUGUAGAAGCCAGCAGCUCCAAUGAUACAGUCUUUCAGGUGUCAGAUGAUGAUCUGAAGUCUGUUUCUGGCCUUGAUCAUAAGUUUUCAAAUAUUGUGCCAGAUGCGAAGUGUGUUUUUGAUACAUCUGACUAUUUCCAGCAAGCUGAAGAGACUGCAUGUAUAAAAGAGGCAGAAGAAAGUGGUUCCUUGAUAGAAAACGAGAAAUUACAAGGAAAUCUCCUAAAUAAGGCAGAGUGGCAAACUGGGCUAGAAUUUCUAGAACAACAGGACACUAGUGUACAUGAGGGUGCCCAAAGAACUCAGUGUCCACAAAAAGAUUCUAUAAGAGGUAGUCCACCAAGAAGAAGAAGAAGUAGUGCCAUCUAUUUUCCUCCUGUUGAAAAAUCGGAAAUAACUGGAAACAAUCUUCCAGUUUCUUUUAAUGUGGAAGAAGUCUUAUCUGCUCCUCAGCUAAAAAGUGACUCCUUAGGGCCUUUUAGCACCAAGAGCGAUACCAGUGGCAAAAAAAGAGUGAGGCGCAGCAUGAGAUUACAUAAAGAUGCAGAAAUUGAAGGACUUGCAUGGAUUCAAGUACCCGAUGAGAUUCAGAAGAACCCUCCCCUGCUAUCUUCUGCUUGCAAAAUCAGGGGAACAAUAAGCACAUCCAUCCUUACAGAAUCUGAGAAUAUUCACCAUAGAGAAGAAGAUCUCAUCCAGUUUUCAGCACCAGGGAAGGAGAACGAUGACUCUGUUCAUCUUGCUGGUGGUCCUUGCGAAAGAUGGAGGAGGAAAAGCAUGUGUGUAUCCACACCUCAAGAAACCAGAACUCGGUCUCAGACCCAGAAAAGGAGAAUAACAAAUUCUGUAUAUAGGAAGGACAGAAGUAACCAAAAACACUCUGAAGAAGUAGAAAUACCUCUUGAAAAGAACUGUAACAUUUAGCGAGGUUUCAGCUACCUCUGGUUUUCUAAAGUGAAGAUUUCAAAAAUAUCCUAAAAAACCCGCUGAGAUUCUCUGCAAAUAAGAAAAAAAUCACUUCUGGCUUGAAGGGGAGGAGUAGAAGGUGGGGAAGCUGUUACCAUCUCCUGAAAAGACUUCGCUUUACCUUCUGGGCACGAGCAGGGGUAGAGUUCCUAUAAGUAAGACUGAAUUUUGUGUUAGAAAGAGUUAAUGAAUUCUGCUUCUCUGGUGUCAAGGUUGGUCAUUUUAAAAAAAGAAAAGCUUUUAAAUCUUUAUUGUAUAUAACAUUAAUUUUAAAAAAUUAAAUUGGCUAAAGAAAGUGAAACAUUCAUCAAACAAUAACGCUGUACUUCAUUUCUGGAUGCUUCCAAUCUUCGGUGUAUGUGUACUAAAUACAGUGCAUAUUAUUCAGUAGUUGACCUGUCAUCUUACUGUUUUCAUUUUUCUAGUUUGAACAAUGUAAUAAAAAGUGAUGGCUGUAGGUGGUCUACUUAAACAUUUGCUGUUGCUUUCAUUUUUCAUACUGUUCUGUUUCAGCCCUAGUGAAAUACCUGUGCCAGCUUGAAGGAAAUAGCUUUGUGUUGAAA